AUGGCUUCCAAGCUCCUGAGAAAUAGAAUCAAGCCUAAGGAUCACCAAAGGACUGAUGUUUUGGCCCUUGAGAAGGCGGCUGCAUGGGCAUGGCACCAACAUGGUUCAGGCUCUGAAGGAAAGACUAUAAGAGAGUUUCAUAUUACGAGAGCUCAACAUGAUUACAAGCCUUCUCGUUACAAGUUAGAAGCACUGAGAAUGGCUUCAUCUUGUUCCCCGGAAACCAAGGAGGAACAAGGAUCGUGCCAAGUUCAGCACAGCAAGAAGUUACCCCUUCUUGAUGCGUAUGAAGUACGUAGUAUUUUAACGAGACUGGAUCGUCUCGUCGCAGAAUCUAGUGAUGGCAAACUUGAGAAUGGUUUUGGUUCUGCAAAUGCAUGCUUGGAUGAUAAUGGCGGUCAAAGGAUGAAGAAUAAGAAGAAGAAGAAGAAGAAGAAGAGGGUGGGAAAUGGGAUAUGGGAAAGGCGAAGAGUUAGGGUGAUAUGCAGCACAAGGAAAGAAGACGUGGUGGAUGCAACAAGAGACCGUAAGGAGAAUCAGUUUCGGCUAUCAGCAAAUUGUGUUCCUGCAACUAAGCGUUCAAUUCCAAAGGCUAAUAAUGGUCACCGCCGUGUUGUGUGAAAAAACUUGUUGUCUACGGUACACCAACAUUUGAACUUCUAAUCUGAGAAUAUUUCUAGAUUAUGUUACACGUCAAUAAAAAUUUCAUUUCAAUUCCCUCUCUUUUUUCGGUUUCUAAAGAAAUCCCCACUCUUCCCGAAAAAUUCCUUGGAAAACUGCCUUUUGCUUAGUCGGAAAUAUAUAUAUAUAUAUAUUUG